UAUAUAAAAAGAUGACUUCACUUCCAUUAAGCAGUCGAUUGAAUGUUUCCAUUACGAGACGAAUUGCCUAUUGUCAGAAUGAAAUUGAUCGUUUGCGUUGCACUAAGCUUAAUCGCUGGACUCGUUUUAAUUAACGCUGAACCUAUACAAGAAAUUCAUGGAACAGUGCAAGGUGAGGUUUAUGUGAGAGGGGAACAAAUCGGUCCUGAUGGGCAACCCAUUCAUUCCGGUCUGAAUGGUGGUGAUUAUAUACCAUCCCAAACUGAAGGAUAUGUGCAAGGUGCGGUUUAUGUGAGAAAGCAAAAUAUCAAUCCUGAAGAUUCCUAUGAUGGUAGUUCCACGGCAUACGAUGGUAGAUGUGCGACAGAUUGUACGAAUGAGAAUUCAUCUCGUGGCCGAUUCACAAACGUUGAUUUAAGUGUACAAGUUGGAUCUGGCGCAACUAUCGGUGAUUACACAGACAUCAAUGCAAAUUGUGUGAUUGGAAGUAAUUCUCGAAUUGGAAGGCAUAGUCACUUGGGAACGGGCAACAUAAUUCACGACAACGUCCACAUAGGUGACCACGUGACUAUCAGAGAAAAUAACGAAAUUGCGAACAACAGCGAAUUGAAACGCCAUGUGAAAUUGGGAUCGGGAAUCAGAAUCGGUUCAAAUACUCGGGUCAGCGAUCACACAAGGGUACAUAAUUUCGCAAGUAUCGGUAAUGAGUGCAUUGUGGAAAGUCAUUCAACGGUUGAACCUAACGCAAAUAUUGGCUCAUUCGUUUACUGUGGACGACACUCAAGCAUAGGACCAGAAGCAGUUAUUGGGGACAACGCUGUCAUUCAUCGACACGCAAAAGUUGUGAAUGGUAGACACGUAAAGAUUAAUGAAGUUAUCAUAAGAUCACCAACUUCGGCUGCGUUGUAUGCAAAUUGUCUGCCACUUUGUAGCAUUCCACAAAAUGAUGCUGAAACUGUAUCGCAAUAUCUCCCCUCCUAUGAUGUUUCAUCAGAGGCAAAUGCGUUUUUAGGUCAAAAAAUUGCAGAAGAGAUUCGUGCCAUAAAUUCGAACUGUGAGAAGGGACAAAAUGUCGAUUUAAGUGGCGUGGCAUUUAUAAAGAGCUUGUACCUGAUUCUAUACCAUGGAAUAAAUGACUUCAACUAUUACUCACAAUUAACAGGAAGUUACACUACUAUCUUGAGCGGAGAGCAGCAUUUUGGAAGCACGGCCACAAGAAAUGUGCUUACACCUGAAGUCAAAGAUUUGAUAAUCCGCUUGUUGGUUUUGGAGGAAGACAGUCAACGUAUCGACAGGGUUACGGGUGACACAUAUUGCAAAAUGUCGUCAGAUAUUUCGAACAAUGAACGAAACGUUGGAGUUGACCAAUGAGACACUACCAAUACCAUUCUGCAAAAUGUCGACCAAUACUUUGAAUAU